UGGUGCAAGUCAUUGCAAGUUUGAUACACCUGUUUAAGAGUAGUGUUAUGAUUGUGGCGCGCGAAUGUUCAAUUUUUUCCACCCCGGCCCUUUUAUUGCUUUUAUUAUUAACCUCUUCGUCCUCUUCUUGCCCCUGCAGCUCACAUCUCGAUAAUGCAUUUUAGCAUUUCUCUGCAAAGAUUAUUUUAAUAUUCUCGGUGACUUAAAGAAAAUGGAAAUUCUUCCGCACCAUGUUCAACAAAACCUGUGUACAUCAAGACCUCAAUAUCGCCAAGGAAGAAAAUUAACUGCUGUCAAAGUGUACACCAUAGCAGGCGAGUCUCGGCAUUUACUUUUUCAUGGAGUGCCUGACUUGAACCUGAGAGAUGAGCUGAAAACGAAAUUGUCCAAGUAUGGAAAGUUGGAAAGCCUUGCUGAACUACCUAAUUAUAAAGACGCUGAGCAGUUCACAAAGGUUUACCAUGCAGUGUUUUGUGACAUCAAAAAUGCCAGAUUCACGAAAAGAAAAUUAGAUGCGACAUCUUUUUAUGGUGGAGUCUUCCACGUCUGCUAUGCCCCUGAAAUGGAAAAUGUUGAAGAAGUGAAAUUAAAAAUGGACUUAAGAAAGGCAGAUGUAUUAAAAAGGUUGAGAACAAAUUCCCGGUCAACGGAAGCAAAGUCUAAUUUUAAACUUGAGGAGUACGAUCGAAACAUCCCAGCUAAAAGCAUAAGUGAUAACCAACAAUAUGGUGCCUCUAGCAAAGGGGUAAUCUAUGGACCGCAGUUGCCAACGGCGUUGACGCAAACUGAGACACCGGAGUUAAAGAUAACUUCAAAGAUGUUCAUUCCUCGCCAGUUGCAGAAAAGAGCGUUCACUGCUCUCUCGUCUAUGGAAAUGCAAAGCAAUAAGCGCGCAAGAAAAGACUGAUUUUAUCCAUAAAA